AGGUUUAUUACAUCAGUCACUCGACAGAACAUAAGGUUCACCGGUGCUAUAAAGUUUGUGUCAGUUCCUGUUAAUGAAAUUGGAAAUUGUUUGAAUUAUUAAAAAGGGUGACGAGCUGUGCCUUCUGGCAAUUCCAAAACUCCCGGUGUCCUCGCCUACAAUAAUUCUGGUCAGAGUAACGACUUUCAUCAACUGAGAUGGCCAUGGCGUUUUCUGAAGAAACGACCGAUUUCCGGUGCCAAAUGUGCACGAACGACGAUUUCAGCGAAACUGUAGCAAGCUAUACCCUCCACAGCAUUAGGAAAAACCUCUGCAAUGGAUGCGCUAAGAAAAACCAACAAAACAUCGUCACCGAUGAGGUCCUCAACAAUUGGACUUGUCACAAGCACCACACAAGAAGAGCCGAAAUCUUUUGCGUAGACCAUCAGAGUAUCAUUUGCCACAACUGUGCAACUACGUCACACAAGCCUUGUGACAUAAGAGAAGUGGAAGAAAUUCUGGAUGAACGGAGAUGUAAGUUGCAGCGGAUGAUUGAAGAGACGAAGCAACUUCGGGAAUCCGAAGCGUCAGUUGAAAAGCUUGUCGCAGAAGCAUCAACACAUCUUGCAAAGGUCGAGGUAAAGAUAAAAGAGGCAAUCCACGAGGCGAUUGAAUACGUUGAAGAGGAAGGAAAGCAGACUUCGGAGUCGAUCAAUAAAGAAGCCGAUAGGGAGAUUGAACGAAUCAACACCAGGAGAGCAGUAAGAUUGAAGAAGAACCUUGCCGUCAUCGACCAAGGAAAGCAAGAUAUCUUGAAGAGACAGUGCAUUUUACAGGACGAACUGCAGUUGCUUAAGGGAAAACUGAAUGACUGUGCGAAGACGUGUUUGAAGAAUCAAAGCUCUGCAAUCGAAAAUUCGCGAAUGAAGGCCGAAACACUUAUUAAAAAUGAGAUCUUGUUGCUUAAAAACUUUUCGGAAGUGGAAGGUGAGAUGAUGCAAAGUCUUCAAGAAGACCAAGUCAAGUGUUUGGCCCUACCGAUAGUAGAGAAAGCACGACAAGUCAAUUUCGAAAGAGAGUCGGGAACAAAUCUCGGUAUAUUGCAGGGACUGGAUGGAAGUUGGGUUCUUAAUCCAUCGUUUACCAUUGACAUCAGUGAGCCUGCCUUGGUCGGAUUUAUUAACAAAAACAGCGUCAUUGUAAUCGACAAGAGAAGCGAUUCCCUCGUUCUGGUUGACUUCCAGGAACAGCAAGCAUGUAAAGUCGUGAGCGGUGAAUUUCCUCGGAACAUCUACAGACUGGCUCUUCUCGGUGAUGAGAAGAUUGCUUGUGGAACAACUGACGGAUCGUUGUUCAUCUUCCAGAAACAAACAUGGGAAUUCAUCGAGAGAAUCCCUUUAUAUCUAGGCAGGCCUGUGACUCUUGCUGUUGAUCACGUAUCUCGCAACCGACGAAUUCUGGCAGUUGCUCAAGGGGAAUGUAUCAUUAACGUCGUCAGCCAAGAGGGUAACGGAGUAACAUCUGUUUCUGUCAAAGACACACCAAUAAUUGACAUCGCUGUACUUUGGCAAGGGGACAUUGUUGUUCGUACUCGCUGUGCUUCAGGAGACGACCUUGCAGUUCUUAAUCGCGACGAUUUCACAGUGACAUCUGUCACACAUUUCCAUGACAAGUAUCUCCGAAGCAUCACGGCUGAUCAAGGAAGAGACGCCCUCUACGUUCGACAUUUUGAUCCCAAUCGUCAGAAGUGUUCUGUUGAAGAGAUGCGUCUAAUGGACGGCAAACUGACGUCUGUGGGGAGUAUCUUAGAGUUCUCUCCUUUGAAGAAGAAGUGGCCAAUGAUCAGUGCCGACUGUUGUGCCCCUGAGCAGGGGAAGCUGGUGCUUCUCCGCGGGAAGCAGAUUAUGGUGUAUACAAAAAGAUUCCUAACCUAAGAAAUGUGAAUGCUAAAUCACUGUUAAGUAAAAUUCUAAUUACUAUUUGAAAAAAUGAAUGUGUCAAACAUUACUAUUCCCUGAUAUUUUAUAUUGUAAAGCGCUUUAGGCAUAAUGGGGAAAGCGUCAUAUCAAUGUCAAUAUGUAUGUUUACGUAUGUACAUCAUUCUAAUAGCCCAACUUGCUGAAUAAUCAAGAUUAAGGGGGUAUGAUGACGAUGAUGAUGAUUAUGAUGGUGAUGAUGAUGAUGAUGAUGAUGACGAUGAUGAUGAUGAUGAUGAUGGUGAUGAUGAUAAUGAUGAUGAUGAUGAUGAUAGGGAUGCCAGUUGGAAUUGAUAAGAGGGCCUGAAAAUCACCUAGUCUAGGUGAUUUUCAGUCUAGGUGAUUUUCAGUCUAGGUGAUUUUCAUAUUGUAUUCUGAGAAUACAAUAUUUUGUACACAAAAAUGCUAAAACUAUGGCCUGAAAAUAAAUUGCCAGAGCCUGAAUU